AUUGGUUCAGCGGCUCUGGGGCGUUCCCUCUGUCUGAUGUUGGCGAGAACUUGGAGUGCGGUGGAGGUGGGGGGGUAGGGGUGUCCUAUUGAUGGCCAAAGAAAAGUUUAGUUGGCACCGAUCCCUCUUUUGCAUAGACGUAGCGCACAUAGGCACCGUUUCUUUGGAAUGUAUUGUAAAUAGUACGUGUUCACAGGGGACAGUUUCAAGCACGUUUAGCAAUGCGAUGAGGCCAGUGCACUUUGCAAGAGUAGUGGUGCAGAGUGCCUUCGCAGAUCUUACGAGUUGCUGCUGCUGACAAGCCGGGGAAAGGAGGGGGAGAGCCGCUUCAGAAGGUACUUCUGUGGAGCGAGAGCCGUGCUUUCUUCGCUUAGGAAAUCAUGCAGUUUGCAAUCUGGCUGGUUGGACUAAUGUGUCAUCUGUCAGCACUCGUCCGGAACUCGCGAACAUAUCAAUUACAUCCUAAGCAAGAAAGUUUCAUCAAACAGCUGUCAUCUUAUGAAAUUAUCACCCCACUCCGCAUAAACGAUUUUGGAGAGUCUUUCCCUCAUAAACUGCACUACAAACGGAAACGCAGAAGUACGGAUCCGGACUUCACGAGUUUGAGGGCUCAUUACAGAAUAGACGCCUUCGGACAGCGAUUCCAUCUAAACCUAUCCGCGGAUUCGGGUUUUAUAGCUCCCUCAUACACUGUGACACAUUUAGGAUUGGAGCACAGGAACGACUCCAAUACGGACCUCAACGAUGAUAUGCGGCAUUGUUUCUUCAGAGGACAUGUCAACGCCAAAACGGAAUUUCAAGCAGUCUUCAGUUUGUGCACUGGUCUUAUUGGAACGUUCACGACCCACAAUGGGGAAUAUUUCCUAGAGCCUCUGAAACAAGCAGAUGGGAAAGAAUACCAGGAGGAGCACAACAAACCUCACCUAGUGUACAGACACGAGAGGAAGACGACCGGUCCAGCCAGCAGCGACUCCAAACCUUGUGCCGCUUCAGAGGAGCACCCAAACCACCACAUAUCCCUCCAGAGUGACAGGGGUAUGGGACAGGAGGUGAACUCCUUAUGGGAAACAGUAGCUCUCCAUCACCCCUCCUCCUCCUCUUCACACACUAAUGAAAGUCAGGCGCUCCCCCACUCACGGCGGAAGCGGUUCCUGUCCUACCCGCGGUUCGUGGAGCUUAUGGUGACAGCCGAUGCCAAAAUGGUCCGACACCACGGCCGGAACUUAGAGCACUACAUCCUAACAAUCAUGUCAGUAGUUGCUGCCAUCUACAGAGAUCCCAGUGUGGGGAACCUCAUCAAUGUCCUGGUUGUGAAGUUAAUCGUCCUUCAUAAUGAGCAGGAGGGUCCGACCAUCAACUUCAACGCGGCCAACACCCUGCACAAAUUCUGUGUGUGGCAGCAGGGGCAGAACGAGGCGGACGACAACCACCCAUCCCACCACGACACCGCGCUCCUCAUAACCAGGGAGGACAUAUGCCGGGCGAAGGACAAGUGUGACACGUUGGGGCUGGCCGAGCUGGGGACUAUGUGUGAUCCAUUACGGAGCUGCUCCAUCAGCGAGGAGAAUGGUCUGAGUGCAUCCUUCACCAUCGCGCAUGAGCUUGGCCACGUCUUCAACAUGCCCCAUGACGACUACCCAAAAUGCAUGGAGGCGGGUACGAAGAAACAGUUCCAUGUCAUGGCACCGGUGCUGAACUAUGACACAAGCCCCUGGAGCUGGUCCAAAUGCAGCCGCAAGUACAUCACAGAGUUUCUGGACACUGGAUAUGGGGAAUGUCUGCUGGAUGAGCCUGUUGGCAGAACAUACAACCUCCCUACCCAGCUCCCGGGCCAACUCUAUGAUGCCAACCGACAGUGUGAAUUCAUGUUUGGACCAGGAUCCAGAGUUUGCCCCUUUAUGAAACCCUGCAAGCGUCUCUGGUGCACGAGUGCGGAGGGAGACCAUAAAGGCUGUCGGACCCAACACAUGCCCCUGGCUGAUGGCACUGAGUGCGGGCAUGGAAUGCACUGCAGACAUGGGAUGUGUGUGAAUCGUGAGCUGAACAUGAGGCCUGUGGAUGGGGAGUGGGGCCCCUGGGGACCCUACAGCGUGUGCUCCAGGACCUGUGGAGGAGGAACCAAGAGCACGGCCAGAGACUGCAACAGACCUGAGCCCCAAAAUGGUGGGAAGUUUUGCGUAGGGCGCCGAAUGAAAUUCCGCUCGUGCAACACUGAGCCAUGUCCACGAGGUCGGAAGGACUUCCGCGAGGAGCAGUGCUCGCAUUUCGACGGCAGGCACUUCAACAUGAACGGUCUACCUCCCACGGUGCGCUGGGUCCCUAAGUACAGCGGCAUUAUUAUGAAGGAUCGGUGCAAGCUGUUCUGUCGCGUUGCUGGGACAAUGGCUUACUAUCCACUGAAAGAUAGAGUCAUCGACGGGACACCUUGUGGUCCAGACACUUACGACAUCUGUGUUCAAGGCCUCUGCAGGCAAGCCGGAUGUGACCACGUCCUCAACUCCAAGGCGAGGAAUGACAAGUGUGGCGUGUGUGGGGGGGACAACUCCUCCUGCAAAACCCUGGCUGGCACAUUCAACAACGCUCAGUAUGGUUAUAAUGUAGUGGUGCGCAUUCCUGCCGGGGCAACCAACAUCGACAUAAAGCAGGUCAGCUUCUCUGGGACGGCGGAAGAUAACAACUACCUCGCUCUGUCGGACAGCCAGUCCAACUCCCUCCUGAACGGUAACUUCGUGGUGGCCAUGUUCAAGAGGGAGGUCACCUUUAAGGGGACUCCCAUCGAGUACAGCGGCUCCAACACCACGGUGGAGCGCAUCAACUGCACCGAGCGCAUCGAGGCCGAGCUCAUCCUGCAGGUCCUGUGCGUUGGGGACCUGUACAACCCAGAUGUGCGCUACUCUUUCAACAUCCCCAUCGUGGAGCACCAGGAGCAGUUUGUGUGGGACCCGUCUGGCUCCUGGCAGGAGUGUAACCGCAUGUGUCAGGGUGAACGGAGGCGCAAAGCGGGUUGUGUGCGGAAGAGCGAUCGCUUAGUUGUAUCAGAACAACGCUGUGAACAUCUGCCUAGACCUGGCAGUAUAACUGACCCCUGCAAUACACACUGUGAGCUCAGGUGGCACGUGGCAGGGAAGAGCGAGUGCUCCACCAAGUGUGGGCCGGGCUACCGCACGCUGGAUGUGCAGUGCAUGAGGUACAGCGUGGCCAAGCGGCAGAGCGACCGCGUGGAGAGCAGGGCCUGCUCCGACGUCCCCAAACCCCAGACCCGGGAGCCGUGCCACGGAGACUGUCUGCUGAAGAGCUGGCAGUACAGUGCCUGGUCUCCGUGCUCUAAGAGCUGUGGCCGAGGCGCCCGCUCGCGGGAGUCCUACUGCAUGAAUAACCUGGGCCGCAGGCUGGUGGACAGGGAGUGCAGCGAGCACCAGAGGCCGGUCACCGAGAGCUGCAAUGACAUGCCCUGCCCUGGAUGGAGCAACAGCGAGUGGAGCGAGUGUAUGGUGUCGUGUGGUAAGGGCCACAGACACAGGCAGGUGUACUGUGUCCUGGGGGAGGAGAAGCUGAGUGAGCAGCACUGUGACUCCAGCACUAAGCCCUCUCCCGUGGGCAGCUGUGAGCGGCCUGACUGUGCCUCCUGGCAGGUCGGGGUCUGGAGCGGAUGUGCCGUGACUUGUGGCCAUGGUUACCAGAUGCGGGCUGUGCGCUGUGUGUCCGGUCCCUACGGCAACACUGUGGAUGACCGUGAGUGCAAUGCAGCUGCCAGGCCCCGAGACAACCAGGAGUGUGAGCUGCCCGCCUGUCCACGCUCCGCACCCGUCCUCAGCACAGUGCGGCCCUUAGUCCCUGGUCAGUUCCUCACACAGUGGAGAUAUGGCUCCUGGGCUACGUGCUCGGUCUCCUGUGGGAAGGGCAAGCGUGCUCGCUACGUGAGCUGCAGGGACGCCCAGGGAGGCGUAGCUGACGAGUCCUAUUGUGCUCACCUCACCCGGCCCCCGGAGACCUCCGCCUGCUUCAGCCCCUGUGGCCAGUGGAGAGCUGGAGAGUGGUCUGCUUGCUCGGCGACAUGUGGGGCUGGGCACUCCACCCGACAAGUGGUAUGCAGCAACUACCACCAGCAGGUGGACGAGUCCUUCUGCCACCCGGACGAGAGGAUCAGCACUGAGCAGGAGUGUGCUGCCAGCCCAUGCACCUCCGCCUACCAGCCACGCUCCAACAACCCGCCCUACUCCCCGCACGACCCAGGCUACCACCCCGGCCACAGCACCUGGAAUGUGCCCUCAGCUGCCAACCAGUGGAGGACGGGGCCCUGGGGAGCGUGCUCCAGCACCUGUGAGGGAGGCUUCCAGCGGCGUGUGGUGGUGUGUCAGGAUGCCGAGGGCCGCGGCACCAACCACUGCGACGAGCGGGUCAAGCCGGACGAGUCUAAGCGCUGUGACUCAGGCCCCUGUCCACUCUGGAACUAUGGCAUCUGGGGAGAGUGCACGCAGACGUGUGGUGGAGGCCGGCGCACGCGGCUGGUGGUGUGCCAGCGACCCAACGGACAUCGGCUGAACGACCAGAACUGUGACGUGCUGGACAAGCCGCCCGAUGUGGAGCCCUGCAACCACCAGCCCUGCCCGGGCAGUGCUUCCUGGCACAGGCGACCGUGGAAGCCGUGUUCUGUGACCUGCGGCAGAGGGACCAAGCAGAGAGACAUUGUCUGUGUAUACCAGAACCUCACCCAGAUAGAGGACGAGCACUGCAGUCAUCUGUCAAGACCCAGGUCUCAGAAGGCUUGCAGGGCUGGGGCAUGCCCCAGCUGGAAAGCCAACAGGUGGAGGGAGUGUUCCGUUACUUGUGGAAUCGGAGUCCAGAGCAGAGAGGUGUAUUGCCGCCUGAAGGGCACUGGUCGAGUCUCUGAGGAUCUGUGCGACGCCCGCCUGCGGCCAGCCACUGGCCAGCCUUGCCUGUCCCCAGACUGCCACCAUCACAUGUGGGCAGCAGAGGAGUGGCACGACUGUAAUGCAACAUGUGGCGAGGGGCUGAGGAGCCGAAAUGUUUUGUGCGUGGACACGAGAAUGAACCCUGUUCCCAACAGCAUGUGUGACCCCUUAACAAAGCCCCCCUUGCACCAGCCCUGUCACAGAGCUGCCUGCGAGUACAUGUGGAUGACAGGAGCAUGGACACAGUGUUCAGCCAGCUGUGGCAUUGGGUAUCAGCGAAGGAUGGUGUCCUGUUCAGCGGUGCCCUCAUCCACCGACCCACGGCCCUACACUGCCGAGGCUCUCUCCGCCCACUCCCAGUGCCCAGGGCCCCAGCCUCUGGACACCCAGCAGUGCCGUAUCAGGGAGUGUCCGGCCACCCUUCACUGGAAAGUUGGCCCAUGGAGCAAAUGCUCUCAGACAUGCGGCGCUGGGGUGAUGGAACGCUGGGUGGAAUGCCUGACCUCCAAACACCUCCCCUCCAAGGCCUGCAGUCCGUCCGAGAGGCCUGAGUCCAGAGCCGCCUGCCGCCUGAGAGAAUGUGAGGUGUUCUCAACUUGCCGAGAGGUCCAGAUCAGGGAAGGCUUGAGGAAAGAUGGGGAACACUACCUGAAAGUCAAAUCCAGGAUCCUGCAGAUCUAUUGUGCUGAAAUGCACACCAGCUUCCCAAAGGAGUACGUCACACUUCGUAGUGGACAGACAGAUAACUUCUCUGAAGUGUAUGCGUACAGGCUCCAGAACCCAUUUGAAUGCCCAUUUAAUGGCAGCAGAAGGCAGGACUGCCAGUGCAGGAACGACUACCCGGCAGCGGGCUACACGCUCUUCAGCAGGGUGCGGCUGGACAUCAGCUCCAUGCGGAUAAUAACCACGGACCUGCAGUUCACCCAAACUGUGCUGGGUAGGCCGGUGCCCUUCGCUACGGCGGGGGACUGUUACAGUGCAGCCAAAUGCCCUCAGGGCCAGUUUAGUAUAAACCUCACCGGAACUGGACUGCAGGUCGCCGAGGCAACCAAAUGGGUCUCCCAGGGCAACUAUGUCUCAGUUAAGGUGCACAGGUCUGAGGACGGCACCAGAAUCUAUGGCCGCUGUGGCGGCUUCUGUGGGAAGUGCAUCCCCCACCCGCACUCUGGCCUCCUUGUCCAAGUCCAGUGAGGGUCGGUGUCUGACCUUGUCCCAUGCCAGUCCAGAGGCGCCGAGACAGAGACACCCCUCUACAGGGCUCCGUGAACCCAUCUGUCUGACUUGAACUCCCUCAUCACCCUCCGCCCAGCAGCUAUGGUACUGUGAAGUCUGAGGACCCGUGAGCCGUGAUAGGCACC